CUCUCUGCCUGUGAGUGUGCCCGCGGUGAAUUGGUCCAGCAUCCCUGCGCAGGCAGUGGAGCAAAUGUAGAUGUAAAAGCGCAUAUAUGAACCAUUUGAAAAUGUAAUCGUGGGAUGCGUUUUUGGCGUUGGCAGCUUGCAAUGAGGGAAGGAAAAUAUGGCAGAUUGGAUUUUGUGUUGCGCCUCUGUGGAGCACGGACCGUUGUAUUGAGAGAAAUAAUGCGGAAUAUUCCCCCCUGUAGGUGUUAACGCAGAAAAUACAAGAUGAAGAAGCAAUUCAAUCGGAUGCGACAGCUCGCCAACCAAACGGUGGGAAGGGCAGAAAAAACUGAGGUGUUAAGCGAGGACCUUCUGCAGGUGGAGAAGCGUCUGGACCUGGUCAAACAGGUGACACACAGCACCCACAAGAAGCUGACUGCAUGCCUGCAGGGUCAGCAGGGGACUGAUAUGGAGAAGAGAUCCGUCAAGUCACCUUCUAAAAAACUACCGCUCACGAUCCUGGCUCAGUGUAUGGUCGAAGGGGCUGCAGUGCUGGGGGACGACUCUCUCCUGGGGAAGAUGCUGAAGCUCUGUGGGGAGACAGAAGAGAAACUGGCCCAGGAGCUCAUCCAGUUUGAGUUCCAGAUAGAGAGAGAUGUGGUGGAGCCCCUCUAUGUGCUCGCUGAGGUGGACAUUCCCAACAUCCAGAAACAGAGGAAGCACUUAGCUAAACUUGUCUUGGACAUGGACUCCGCUCGAACAAGGUAUCAGCAGUCAUCCAAGUCAUCCAGUCACCCGAGCACACUGCAGCCCGGCGCCAAGUCUGAGUCUCUUAGAGAAGAGAUGGAGGAGGCAGCCAACCGGAUGGAGAUUUGUAGGGACCAGCUGUCUGCAGAUAUGUACAGUUUUGUGGCCAAAGAAAUAGACUAUGCAAACUACUUCCAGGCACUGAUAGAAACACAAGCAGAAUAUCACAGGAAGUCAUUAGAGAUUCUUCACAGUGUCCUGCCCCAGAUUAAAGCUCACCAAGAGGCGUGGGUGGAGAAGCCGUCGUUUGGCAAGUCCUUGGAGGAACACCUGAAUAUUAGUGGGAGAGAGAUUGCCUUCCCCAUUGAAGCUUGUGUCACCAUGCUGUUAGAGUGUGGCAUGCAGGAAGAGGGCCUCUUCAGAGUGGCUCCGUCAGCCUCCAAGCUGAAGAAGCUGAAAGCAUCCCUGGACUGUGGAGUUCUGGAUGUGCAGGAGUACUCCUCCGACCCACACGCCAUCGCAGGGGCUCUGAAAUCAUACCUCCGUGAGCUUCCUGAGCCACUGAUGACCACUGAGCUUUAUGAUGAAUGGAUUCAGGCCUCCAACAUUCAAGAUAUGGACAAGAGACUACAAGCGUUAAUGGCCGCAUGUGAAAAACUACCCACAGACAACCUAAACAAUUUCAGAUAUCUAAUCAAAUUCUUAGCCAAGCUAAGCGAGUACCAAGAUGUAAACAAGAUGACUGCCGGUAACAUGGCGAUUGUUCUCGGCCCUAAUUUGCUCUGGACACACACUGAACCAAACAUGACAGAGAUGAUGACCACCUUGUCCCUGCAGAUUGUCGGCAUCAUUGAACCCAUUAUCCAGCAUGCUGAUUGGUUCUUCCCUGGAGAGAUUGAAUUCAACUUGACAGGCAGCUAUGGCAGCCCAAUCCACACCAACCACAAUUCCAACUACAGCUCCAUGCCCUCACCAGACAUGGACCAAUCAGAGCGCAAGCAGCAGCACGACCAGAGCCGACGCCCACUGAGCGUCGCCACUGACAACAUGAUGCUGGAGUUUUACAAGAAGGAUGGCAUUAGGAAGAUUCAAAGUAUGGGCGUGCGGGUUAUGGAUACCUCCUGGGUGUCUCGCAAGGGUUCCGCCACCCUGGCACGCAAGGCCUCGUCCACCCCUCCAGGCAUGCAAGGCCCCGGUUCCCCCGCAGACACACUCAUCCCCGAGCAGCCCGGAGAGCUUGCCACCUCCCCAUCUGCAACACCGCCUCCAGGAGAAAGGGUUUGCUCAGACAACGUGUCGCCCAAUCGGCCGGACACCUCUCAUGCCCACCCACCCUCAGGGGAGGACCGGCCACCCCCCCCUUAUCCCACCUCUUCAUGCCACACUGCCCCCCACCACUUCUAUCCCAAGCCCCCACCCUGCGCUCGCCCUGUGGCUCCGGGUCCAGAGUCCCAGCCCCCCGGCUCACCCCCGCCCCUAUUGCGCUGGUCUGGCUUCACUCCCCCUGCCCCGCCCCCUUCCUCUUCUUCUUCCUCCUCCUCCUCGUCACUCGACAUCAAUUCGAACCCCAAACCCAGCUGUCUGCACUUCCCCAAGCACAGCCCGCCUGGUGAUAUGUCGCAUGCUCCCCCGCCAGACACUAAUGCUUCACCACUCUACAUCAAAACCCCCUUGGUACUAACUCGCCAUGACCAGUCCCUUGGCAACCCCCCUAGCCUCCCUUCGUCCGCGCCCCCGCCCCCGCCGUGGGCUGCCUGUCCAUGUGCCCGAGAGAGAGGACCCCCCAGGCUGACUAGUUCAUUGAAGAGUAAAGAGCUCUCCCCUGUAAUUGGACACAAAGCCAUCCAGGUGGCAGGUCCUACAGUGCCCCCCAGCAGUAGUCCUCAGAGCAGCAGCCAGUCCCCCCACUCUACAGAGCACAGUCCACACACCCUGCGCAAAGGUUCCAAGAAGCUGGCCCCUGUGCCUCCCAAGGUCCCUUACAGCCAGUCUGGCGGGAUGUCCGACCAGUCCACAGGUCAGCCGUCACCGGUCAGCCUGUCCCCUACACCACCUAGCACCCCGUCCCCUUAUGGACUGGCCUGCCCUCCAGGGCAAGUGCCCCCAUCCUCUCCUGGGCAGACUCCAUUGGGAGCGCCCCACUCCCUUUCGUCCCCACCCUCCCUGACUGGAACACUCACCAAGUCACGGCCUGCCCCUAAGCCCAGGCAGAGACCAAGUCUGCCUCCUCCUCAGCCACCCACAGCCCCACCAGGGCUCAGUGGCCCGGCCAUGGCCCCAGUUCCCCAGCCCAUGGAGCAAGGCCUCCUGGAUGGACUGUCUCCUGGGGAGAGCAUGUCUACAGAUAUCUUCAAUUAUGAAAUCCCCUCCAUCAAUGUCAAUCUGGACAGCCUCAUCGAUGAGUUCAGCGGUGCCCCUUGCAGGAGGUCCGUGGCAGUGACAGACUCUCCAGAGGGGGACGCUGUGCCUGAGGAGGAGCCCCAGAGCACCACUCUAUGACCUAUGACCCUAAGGCAUCACAGCUUACCAGCACCCCUAUGGCUGUACAUACUCUUAACUGUUGCCACCAAGGCCUGAUGGAAACACACAUUGGCCUCACCAAUGCCCACCUGAAACCAGAACUCGAACACAUCUGCUACAGGCUGCAAAGAAACUCAUCUCUUACAAUUGCUCGCUAGUACAUAAAUGUGACUACACAAAAAAAAAAAAAACACCAAAAUGCCAUAGUGGAGGAACAGUUGCCUUUAGGAGGAAAGACUGGAAUAUAGAUGAGUAUUACAUUUUCAGAUUUUCAAUUCUUUUCUUUUUCUUUUUGCUUUGCUUUGUUCAUCUUUGUCAUUUGAUGCAGUGGUCUGUACUUCUGUGGGUUUCUCAAUUUCCUUUUUUUUAAUUUGCCUUAUUUGAACAUGCAAUCAAAUUGCAAUAUGAUAUUCACAAGUUGUACAACUUUUGAUUAGGGAAACUCAGAGCCUGACAUGGUUAGGAGCAAAGCCCAUCCUCAGGGUGAACCAGAGAGGCAGAGUGACAGAGUAGUCUUAUAUCGCUCGCAGGGUAUUGAAGCUUUGUGCACAUUAGGAAAAUGCUGAGCCCUCCAGACAGGUUUGGCAUGCAGGAUGAAACAUUUAAUGCAGCAGUUUCAUUGUUCCUGUCACACCCAGUCUUUACUUCCCCCCUUCUAUCACAUAUUGCAACUGUAGUUUUUUAUCUGAUGGUUACCUUCUCACAGGUCAGCUCACUUUUACUCACUUUAUACCAGCACAGUAUUAGAAGAAUGUUACUGUAAAUUCAAUUUUUGAACUUGCAUCUCUUUGUCAGUUUUGAAGAAAGCACCACGAUGUGUUUGCAUGACAAGCCAAUAUGAGCAAACUGCUUUGGAUCAAAAGCCUCUGAAAGGCGGUGUUUUAUUUCGUGUGAGUGUUUCUGUUGUCGUCGUCGUCCUCGGAGAGUAAAUUUAGACCUCCCAUGUGCAGUUUGACGAUAAAGAAUGGAUGACUACACUGCCUUUAGGUUCAUAUGAUUCUCUCCCUUAAACUUGUUUCAAGUGCUUCAGGUUCAGUGACCUUUGACCCCUAAUGUAAAUACAAAGACUGUACAUAAAUUGAUGUAUAUAAAUGAGAGGAAAAGUAUAUGUAAAAUGCAUAUCUUCGAUAUAUAUAAUGAUAAUAUAUGUGCUGAUAUUUAUCAUGUGUAGAAAAUGUAAUGAUUAAAAAUGUUAUGUUAUUUUUGUCCCUGCACACAAUGAACAGGUUUACUGUAGAUUAAUAAUGUUUCACUUCAACACCAGGUUACAACGAUGCUGCAGCACAAAUGCAGAAAGUUAUUUCUGCUGGUAAUCAGUUGUGAUCUUUCGAAUUCUGUCUCCUGAGCUUUGACUUCAAAUAUGUUACAGCACUAAAUGAGUUGCACAUCAGUGCCCUAUCUUCUUUUGUAACCAGUUAUUUAAUCAGUUCCUGUGGAAAUUAUUAGAACUCUCUGUGCACAUUUCGGCCAGUUAUUAAUUCAGAAUGAAGAUAAAUGAAGUCUUGAGCCUAUAUUGUUUGACUGAUCAUAACAAAAUAAAAAUGUGUGCUCAUUCAAUUGGAAAAUAAAAGAAAUUGUGAUCUUUGUUGUCAUACAAAUGAUCAGAGGUAUUUAGAAUUCAUUCAGAUAACAGAUGCUGCAGUGUCACUUUUUUAAUUCCAUACAAAAUGUCUUAGGACAAUAAUUUUGUCAAUUAAAGUGCAAUUACAGUGUUUACUGAUCCACCUCAGUCCAAAAAGUGAUCAAAGUCACCCUUCCCAAACCUACAGAAAAAAAAAAGCCAUUGAAUUUAUUGCUAAGCAAAUUAUUUUUUCUUUCAAGUUUGUUUUAUGUAUGAGUUUACUUUGGACAAAAUUAAUUCUAGACUAACCUCUAUCCAAAAGUGAUUUAUGGUAUGCCUCUGUGUGUGUUGUCAAUGGACUAUGUUUAUGAAGAUUUUGGUGAUGUUGAUAAUUAUAUUGGUAGUUGUGGUGAAUAUACUGUAUGACAACAAUUGCAAGUGCCCUCACACUGGUUGUUAUUUUGGAACUAUAGGCAUAAUUAAUGUGUACUAGAGGUUUUAUUUUCUGUGCUGGAUCCAUACAUUUAUACGAGGAGGCAGGGGUUUCUCUCUGUGCGUGCAAAUUGAAUGUGACUCACUCAGAUUUCAAACAGUAGGCUACCUGAUUUUGUAAUAAUUUACAGGCAAAUGAGAGCUUGUGUUUGGAUGAAGGUUAAUUAGGGCCUGUUGGCAUGUUUUAUUAUCAGCACCGGGCAUAUUGCUGCAAUGCUUUUGUGCAUCAUCAUAACUGGAAGUUAGAGCCACCUAAGAGCAUGCAUUCAUAUUCAUUACAGGUGUGAUUAUUAUGCUGCUGGGGGGGAAAAAACAACAACAACAACAAAAAAAUAACAUCAGUACCCUACCCUAAAACACAAGUCAUGAUUUCACACAGCUAAUUUAACUUUACAGCCAUUUUCAAGAGCAGAUUCAUAAGAGCCACUUUUUGCACCAAAUGGUACAGUUACAUCAUUUUAUCAAGCAUUUUAACAGAUGUAGACCUCACUUCACCACAAGUAAGUUGGUCUAAAGCCAAGCUCAAUUUGUUUACAUUUUGUUGUGGGUUGAGGGGGUUAAAUGAGAAAACAGGAUAUUUUGAAGAAGUGUUGUGCAUGCGCUUAGAUAGUCUUUUGAUAAGCCACGUUUUUUGUCAAUCACUGUCUUUUUAGGGAUUGUAAGAAGGGUAAAAUGUAAGGAUGAACUCUAGAGAAUGUGGAUCACAAUAAGUGGUCCUUUGUGGGGUUUUUGAGCAAUAUGGUAGAGGAGUAGAUGUUGCCUGUGGAUGUACUGCCUCCUUCUGCUUUCACUACUAGUGUACAAACAGAACCUGCCGCUUGUCAAGCCCACCAUGCCCACCCCUUCCUCCUCUGCUUAGCAUAUCAAGUGGAACACAGUGUGUACUGUGAAGCCUACCUGCAAUCCUUAUCAGAAUGUCAGAAAUAAAUAAAUAUAUAUAUAUAUAUUAAACUCUACAUUUUUAAUAAUCUCACCUGGU